AUGUUUGACGUUGAAGACGAAGAAGAGAAGAAGAAGAAGAACGAAAAGAAGAGGAAAAAGACGACGACGAAGAUGAAGACAACAAACAUCCAGCGACUCGCUGGCACAGCAGAGACGUCAGAGAAGCGGAGAGAGACAGAGAGACAGAGAGACAGAGAGAGACGGGAUAGCAGAGACAGAGACACGAUGACGGCGAUGGUAGCAACCUCAUUAGGCCGGGGUGGUCGGGUUUGA